CUUGGGGUCAAAGUUGAGGAGAGAAGUUGCACGAGAAUGUCACAACACAAACACACACACACACACACACACGACCGGACGCAUCAAGGGUCCGAUGCGCCCCACUACAUACAUAGUUAACGCACACCGCACGACACACACACACACACCGCCACGAAUCGGGAUGGGUGAUGCAGGCAGGUCAGCGUAGACGAAGCCCAUCCCACGGGGGGCUGAAGGGCUGGGGAGGUGAGAUGAGCUGGCUGUCUGCGGGUUGCUAAGAUACACACGGGAGGGAGAGAGAUAAGGGAGUGAGUGACCCGCCUACCUGUCAGGAAGGCAGCCAUGCAGGCAAGCAGGCAGGCAGGCAGGCAGGCAGGCAGGCAGGUGUGCUACCUAUAUCAACACCAACGCUCACGCGAUGCGUGUGGAGGCGCGUGGGUGUGGUGCGUGUGCCACAAAAUCGGAUCGUCAGGCAAGACAAAGAGGAAAGGCCCAGAGGCGCGAAGCACGGAGUGAUUUGAUGAAUGAUGAUGAUGAUGAACGGCUGGUAGGUCAGUCGGUCCAUCAUUCCAUCAUUCCAUCCAGGCAUCCAAUGGAAUGGGUGCACACACAUUCUCCUCAUCCCUCCGCCCUGACACGACGGUUGACACAGGGCAAGUGACGACCACUGUGACUGUUCCUUGGCAGCCGCAGUGACAUCAACCGACCCUGGUGCGGCCGUGUGGUGCCAAGAAAAGGGAGAGAGAGAGACAGAGAGAGAGGAAACAUGGCAACAACCGAUUCAUCAAGACAGUGUACCAGAGGGGGAGAGGGAGAGGAAGGGAGAGAAGAGAGAGACAGCAGACCAAAACCUCGCGAGCGCACUCCAUAUGCACCCUUCCAUCCAUCCAUCCAUCGAUCGAUCGACGUCCAAUCAGAAAAGAUCGGUCACACACAUCAUGCGGCCAUGCGCAUAAAAAUGGCGUCGCUGCAGCCAAAUGAAUGAAUGAAUGAGUGAGCAAACCAGCCAACCGCACACACAGACACUCAGACAGACGGAGGACGGACAGUCAUGGAACGAACAGCCAACUGCGAUGACAAAUUGCUCGCUCUCGCCCGCGCCAUCAUCCCACCCGACCAAACCACCCCACCACCACCAUGGACGCGGUGGCCGGGCGGCCGUCUGGCUGUCUAGACACCCGCCCCGCCCCCCACCCAUCCAUCCCUCCCUCAGCCGCUCAGCGGUGAGUGAGAGGGUCAACGUCAACACACACAGCAGCAGGUUAGGUUGGCAUGGCAGCGGGUGGGUGGCAAGGGAGGGAGGGAAGUGGUGUUGAAAAAGCGUCCGUCCAUCACACAUCACACGCGUGUAUGUAUGGAUGGAUGGAUCGAUGGAUCGAGUAUGAUGGUAUGGAUGGUGAGGAUGAUCCCUGUACAUGGUCUAACAAGACCCCAAAAACGCCCCUCUCCCUCCCUCCCACCUCCCUCCCUCCCGCCUCCCGCUUAAAACCAUGAUGCCAGUUUAGCGAGCGCGAGCACGACAAUGACGAGAAAGACCACCUGCCAGAGCUCCCACCCCUUCUUGGGCUUGUUGCUGCUGAGCGUCUUGAGCUGCUCGCUCAGCGAGUCCCUCUCCUGCUCCAGCUUGGCCACCGUCUGCACCAGCUCGUCGUACCGCACCUUGAGCGAACGGCUGUCACCACCCACCCCCUGUGCGCUCGCCACCGACGCCUCGCUCGCACCCGGCCCGCCGUACACGGCCGCGUUUUCCGAGUACGACUCGGACGCACCCGCACCCGCACCGCCCUCCUUCCGGAACACCACGUCGAGGCGGUAGUCCUCGAUGUUCUCCUUGGCCACAUGGGUCCAGUCGUCGCGCGACAGUGGCAUGUCGCUCUCAACUGCACCACACAUCACAGAGAAGGGAUAUUUGUGUGAGUGUGGUGUUUUGAGCGUGUGACGGCAGUGCUUGUUGUGUGUGUGCCCACCUACCUCGUGUGGCCUGGACGAGGAACCGAUCAGUGGAGGGCGGAGGAUCCGCCGUCAGCGGCUGCAGAAUGAUCUGUUCAUCCAUCGACACACACACCAACCAUACACAAAAGAUCAGCCAUCCCGAGACACGCAAACCGCGCCACGCAGCCGCCUCCCUGCCUCCCUCGUCAAGCCCCGCAUCUGACUCCCCUCUCUGCCUGUCCAUAUCAGCACCCACCCACCUGAAUCUCCUGUGUGCCCUUCUCCUUGAGCACGCCCGAGGAGGGCCGCACGAGGUAGUUUUUGGGCGCCGUAGUCUUGAUCUUGUAGGCCACGAUGGCAUUGGAUGCGUUCUCGAGGCGCAGGCUGGCAGUGACGGUGCUGUAGAGCUGCACCGGGAACUCUAUCGUCUUCUCUGGCGACACCGACAGCAGCGGCAUCGUCAACACCGAGGGCCAACCGGGUCGCAACCUACGCGUUUGGUUGUUUC